AUGACAGGCAUUAAGAAGAAAGGCUUUAGUUUUACUUGGAAAAUCGAAAACUUCUCUUUUUACUAUCAAGAAUCUAUCGGAAGCCCAUACUUCCCUGAUGAAAAUUUUGAUCAAAGUCAUUGGCAGUUGGUUUUAUUUCCAAAAGAUGAUCCAUCGCAUGACGACAGUGUAUCAAACGUGUAUUUCGAAUUAUGGCUAGUUGAAGAAGAGAGGGAAAUUGUCAUUGAUUUUAAAAUAGAAAUAAUCGGGCCAGGUGGUCACUUACUAGGGGUUUAUGAAGAAAAGAAUGUAGUUUUUAAUGAAGGUAACUUGUCAAGAGGAGGUAAUCUAGUUGAAACUGCAAUUGUAAAACAUGAUAUUUUUCGAGUGAAUAAAGAUUUCCUGACUGUUUGUUGUCAUAUAUCGAGUACAGAAUCCAGUGUUGCGAACUCUCCAGAUUGCCUUGCUCGAACUAAAAUUAUUGUUAAUCAACUAAACCUUCGAUUGACCUGGGAAAAAAAUGAGAUAAAUGCACUGCUGGACAUGAAAAAUCAGUCAAUUAUGAAGAAAUUGUUCUAUUUUUCAGAUAUGAUUGAAUGGUGUAUCACUUUUAAAAAAAUGAUAGAAGAUGUACAAAUAAGAAUUGAUAGAUGUGACAAUGACUCACCGCAAUAUAUCGAUUGCAAAAUUAGUUUGCUAGAUGCCAAAGGGAAUCAAAUAUUCUCUAUAAAGGACAAGAAUAUCUUUUCAAAAGACAAUAACGAGUGGGUAAUGCCUUCCUUCUUUCCUGUCUCCGAAAUAAAGCAUAAUCGAAAUAAAUACAUUAAAAAUGGAAGAAUGCUUAUUUUGUGCGAAUUAUUUUGUUCUGGAUGCAUAGAGUCGCAAGCAGUAAUCCAUGAAAACAGCGAAAGAAAAAUGCUUGUCGAUGAUACCGAUAUUAGUCUACACACCGUGCAAAGUGAUAUUCGAAAUUUAUUUUCUGAUAAAACAUUAUGCGACGUUAAGAUACGAGUUGAGGAUGAGAUCGUACAAGCUCACAAAUCAAUUCUAGCCGCCCGGUCGCCAGUAUUCCAUGCCAUGUUCCAACUUGAUAUGGUUGAAGCGAAAACUGGAAUUGUGGACAUUCAAGAUGUCGAUAUUGACACUUUUAAAGCGUUUAUGAAUUAUAUAUACUGUGAUAUCGUGGACAAAAUGGAUUAUGACGGCGCUAAAAAUCUAUUAAUCGUUGCUGAAAAGUAUGAAGUUCUUCGCCUGAAGGAAAUGUGUGGAUCCUUCUUGAAGUCUGAAAUAUCAGACAGAAAUGCGUGUGAAAUUGCAGCACUUGCAGACAUGGUUUCCCAUAAAGGUCUAAAAUCUUUUGCGAUAGAUUUCAUCGCUGAUCAUUCAAAGAAUAUUUUAAUUAUGCCGGAAUGGGUUCCAUGGAUAAAAAAUCACAUGGAAUUAGCCACUGAGAUAUUUCAGAGAUUAUCCGAAAAACACAUACUUACCUGA